CGUGGAGCGAGCGAGAGUGAGGAAGUGUGUCGGUAUCGAUGUGGAAAUAAGUUCUUUUUGUAAACAGAAGAGACAUGGAAGUGUCGAGUGGAGGAGGAUUAUUCGACAGUAUAGUCGUCUUCUUUGGCACAGUAGCUCUUCUAAGCGUCCCCUGCCAAGGCGGCCCAAUCGACGAAACGGAUGCUUCGCUUAGUACCUGUAACACCGGAUGGGAACUGUGUCCCACCACCAACCUCUGCGUCCUGUCCGUUUGCAAAGACAUCGACUACGCAAAGGUUCAGUACAAUCACCUGAAGUGCCAGCAUGGGCAGGUGCCCUGCGAGGCUGCCGGAGGGGCGUGCAUGUGGCCGUGCCCUAAGCCCACGCCCCUGAUGAAUCCCUCGUCUCCUCUGAAGCCUUCUUGUGGGAUGGGGAAGAUCUUUUGUGAAAGGACGAUGACCUGCACAGCCGAGGACGAAUGCACCCCGUUGGACGACUACAAACCCGUCUGCAGUUUUGGCUCCACGUUCUGCCUGGCCCAGGGCGGCUGCGUCACCGGAGGCUGCGAAGAUGAGCGGAAGACCGAACGCCGCUAUUACUGCCCGCUGGGCAAGGUCCUUUGCGUCGAAUCUGGCCGGUGCCAGGAAUCGUGUCGACCCCGAUUCGACCCCGGGCCCCGGCGCAGUGGGCGCAACGGAAGGCGCAGGGGCGUGGGAUGCCCUCCGGGCGCCAUUUGGUGCAACGGAGUGGGUCGGUGCGUUCCCCUUGGCGGAUGCCAUGACGCCGACAGCUCGAACAAGAUAGGUAGUAGUAGGUUGAAGUCGGCCAUACGAAUCUGCCCAGUUGGACAGGAAUUCUGUAUGGAACAAGGACAGUGCGUACCCAAAAGCACAUGCAGAAGGAAACCGUCCACGCCCCCACAGCCCCCGUGCCGCCCAUGGCAAGAAUUCUGCUUGGCACAGGGCGCUUGUGUGAUCCAAGGCCUUUGCCAAGGUGAGGACGCCAGUCCUGACACGUCUCCCAGACAGGUUUGCUCCUACGCGGAAGAAUUCUGUCUGACCUCCGGGCAGUGCGUCCCGAAGGGCAAAUGUCGCGACGACUCCCUUCCAGGCAAGGCUUCCAGGUGCCGCCCCGGACAGAUCUUCUGUCUGCUGAUGGACAAAUGUCUGCCGGAGGGCUUGUGCGGGUCGCCGGAAUCCUCCGGCCCCUCGGAGCAGAGGUGCCAUCCCUACGAGGAAUUCUGUCUGACGAGGGGGGCGUGCGUGCCCAAGAACACCUGCGAAGGCGACCCAGGGGCUCAGGAAUCCGCGCAGAUACGCAUCUGCCCGCCUGGGCAGCUGUUCUGCUUGGAAAGAGACCAGUGCACGCCCCUGGACAUGUGUGGGAGCCCCGAAGGGGAGGAGGGCCCUCCAGUUUCUGGGGCAGCCAGUUGUCCUCCUGGCAAGUCUUUCUGCCUUGAAACUGGCGAGUGUUCAGUCGGUGGCGUCUGCGAGAGUGACGCGUCCGAGCCGAGAAACGACCUCCUGCCUAUGUGUACUGAAGGAAAGAUCCUCUGUCUAGCGAGCGAAACCUGUGUGUAUCCUGGUGACUGUAGAGAGGCCAGGGAACAGAAGUCGCCACUCAUUUCUUGUUCUCAUGGAGAGGUCUUUUGUCCAACGACUGGUUCCUGUAGACCAGCUGAGGAAUGCGGCACAGACAAACAGCCCAGUCAGCCAGUCAAUAUAUGCACAGAUGGAAAAGUGUUCUGUAUCGUCUAUGGUACCUGUGUGUUGCCUAAUAUGUGCGAAGGUUCUCGUGAGGAUGCGAGACCUCCCCCUCCUCCCAAGGCUGAGGUCUGCCCCCCCGACAUGGUGUUCUGUCUGUCGAGCAGCACAUGCGAAAAAGCGGGCAACUGUGGAACGCAGCCUCUGGAGAGAAUGGGCAAGAUAUGCCCGAGAGGGUACGUCUACUGCCUUCAGAGAGGCGAGUGCGUGAGCCUAAGCCAGGGCUGUGGAAUUCAGCCUCCGAACUUUGUCGCAUGCAGCCCUGGUAUGAUAUUCUCCAUUCAGAAAGGGAUCUGUGUUCCUGAUAUCGACAACGGCAUGGACCUCCAAGACUGGCUGCCCGAACUCAAGUGCCCCAACGUGACCACAUCCAAUCGAGAGACCUUCAGCCACUCGACCUGUCUUUCGAAUCAGCAUUGCCCUUAUGGCUACAGCUGCUGCCCGGACCCGGAGACCUUACACCUUCAGUGCAUGAACGCUGAUGGCGACAUCGCCCUACACUCGCUGUCCAUGACUUGCUACAUCAUCGGCAAAGACCGGUUCGAUACUCGCAUGACGUGUGAAGAACCAGAGGACUGCAGAGUUGGCUCCGUGUGUUGCAACGGAAGCUGCAGAUCUCUGAAGGGCUUGGACACCUGUCCACUGAAGACAUUGUAUUGCCCGCAAACCCAGGCCUGUAUACCUGUUGGAAGUAGCUGUGAGAAAGUCUGUAACCCAUCGAACGUCUUGUGCCUGAGCACCAACGAAUGUGGACCACCUGAUGACUGUGAAUUCGAAACAUCAAGUGGCGCUCCCUGGACACUUCCCGGCCCCCUUCUGCUGCCUCCGUCAGGCAAUGCUUCCGGAGAGGUCGUAGACGAGGGCGUUGCCCUUGAAGACACCUUCAGGACUGGGGAAGGCCCGAUGGAGGACGCCAAUAUCAGAUUCGACGUCCAGAACUACACCACCGAGUUUGGGACGUGGUACAAAGGUAACAAGAAGAAAGCCAACUGGGAGGAGAUUUCAAGGAUGACCACCUUGAACACCAAAGCCUUCCUGCGUUACGUCCCCAAAGAGGGAGCCUACGACUUUGGUUACGAUUAUCUCUUGCUCAAAGAAAGAGGCUCAAACAUAACCCGCAAAGUGGUUCAGCUGUUGGCACCUGAGAAGCCGAAAUUGGUGGUGAAGGUCCUGCAGCCGAAGGUGAUGACGAGGGAGGAACAGCAUUUGGUGUUCGCCCUUCAAGACCUGGUGAACGUCACGGUAGAUGACGAUGAAUACUGGAGGGUUUGGCUGAAAACCUUGGAACUUCCGAAGGUGGCAUCUGAGCAAGGCCUUCUAGAUUACUCCCACGAUGCUGUUGUGUCCUUGGUGAACUCACUAACUAUGCCAGGAUAUGAUCCGACGAAAAAGGCUGGCAGCAAAGGUAUGCUGAUCAAGAGGGUUCCAGUUGAAAGUGAAGGAACGGGAGUCAGAAUAGCUCUGAAGUCACCAUCUACUUUAGACAAGCUGAAGGCUGGCCUGGCAUAUUCUACUGAUUCUGGUAAAACCUGGGAGUUUAUGGACCCACUGCACUCAGCAGAUAUACCACUCAGGUCACCCAAAGAUGUAGAAUCCGUUAAGAUUCAGUUCCAUCCAGUUGUGGACGUAUGGGGAAACGUUUCCUUCGUUAUUACGAGCUACUCUAGCACUGGGGCUCCUAAAAAGGAUGAUGGAAAGAUGGCCCAGAUGAAGGAAUAUCAGGAAAUUAUGCUAGAGAUUCAGUCCAUAAAUGAUGCCCCAGUCCCAAAGAAGAUAGUAGACCUUACAAAAGUGCCUACGCUGUCCGUGGGGAAACCCAAUAACGGAGCCCCUGUAGAGACUUACGCAAGUAUAUUCUAUGAGGACUCUGAUCAAAGUAUUAUUGGUCUAUGUAUACUGCAAGCAUCAGGAGGGGCUCUGGGUUCCUGGCAAUACUCAGUUGAUAAGGGAGCAACUUUUGUGAAUAUAACAAAUUUGGAAAAUGACCCACUGCCACUAAGUCUUGGAGUGCCAUCAUCCUAUCAGGGGUUAAUUGAUCUGAUAAGUCUAAAAAAACAACAGGAAUGUAACAUAAAGAAUGCUCUCAGAGAUCCAGGAAAGUUAGCUUCCCUCGUGAGUGAAAGUGGAGCCAAUGACUGCCUACCAAACCCGAAACAGAAACUGGGCUUGGGCAGUGGAUCAGCAGCAGCAAUUGACAGUUGGUUGACUACUACAACAACAAGUCUACCAGACUUUGAAGUCUUCGAUGUAGCUAAGCCUCCAGGAGGCAAAACAGGAGGGGAUGCUGAAGUUGUCUUUCCAGCUGAUAGAUCGUUAAAGAGUACAGUCAGGGAAAAACGAGAGGCGUUGAAAUUUGCUCAUCAGAGCUCCAAAGACACACCAGAUUCUGAGAGGGUUAAGCGAGGUGCAGGACAAGCCCAGUUUUCAGGUUUUGGAACAGAUAAUUUGAAUGUCUCUACAGUCUAUCCAAAGGUCGAAGCCCUGUGCUUGCCUGUGACAUCCUUACUGAGGUUCAACCCAACCAAUGGAAGUUCUUGGGACAAGGAAAUGGCUCUGUCUGAGACCAGACUCAUGUUCACUGCUUGGGACAUGAGUGAACAGCCCAAAGGGAGCAAAGGGGCCAUGAAGCUUAAUAUCAGUUUGCAUUACUGCAUUGAGACUGGCUCAUGUACCAAUGGCAGUGUGUCUUGGUCACCAGCUUUGAUAUCAGCAGAGUGGUCAGACUGCACCGGAAACAGAGUGUCCUCUGGGAUGCCAAAGACAAUCGAUGCUUGUGGCAUCUGUGGUGGUGAUGGAACUUCUUGUCUAGACUGCAAUGGAGACCUGAAUGGGACUGCUGAAUACGACUGUGACGUUUGCAUUAAAGGAAAUACAGGGAAGCAGAGCGGAAGAGACUGCGCUGGAAAAUGUGGGAAUCAAAAUAUUCGCAAUAAAGAUAACAUUUGUGUUCCAAAGAAUAAUCCUAAUAUUACCUAUUGUGAUGGAAAACCAAAUUCAGGGGCAAUUGAGAAUAAAUGUGGAGUUUGUGUCCUGGGAACAACAGGCCUGCCACAAAAUAGUGGACAGGAUGAGUGUGGAGAAUGUGGCAAGGAAAACAAGUGCUUUGGCUGUGAUGGGAAACCAAACUCAGGAUUUGAGGUUGAUCUUUGUGGGAAAUGUCUUUCCGUUGAUGAUCCAUCGAUUAAUGAUUGCCAGUCUGUUGGAAAAAUGAAACCUUUACUCCUCGAUGCAGGGAUUACAAAAUCUCUGCAAAAUAAAGAUAAAGUUAGCAAUGACAUACAAGAACUCCUGACACUCCAGGCAUCAGUAGCUGGAAUAGAAGAGAAAGAAUUCAGUCUUGAAUCUUGUUUGCUUGUCCCUAAGGAUGGAGAGAGUAUCAAUUCAUCCAAGAUUACUCAGAGCAAAGACAGCAUCAGCGCAGUGUUCACUGAUUUAACCCCAGGGGACUACAAACUCAGUGUUACGUUUGUAGCAAAUGUCAAAGCAAACAAGAUGAAAAAGAUUCAGUUGGCUGCAAUUACACUUACGACAAAUGAAACUGUGAAAGUGGUAGACUCCAGUCAAAUGAAAAUAGCACUACCCUCCGGCUUCAGUGAAGUUAACAAUAGUGUAGAAACCAAGGUGAAGCUAAGUGUAAACGAAGGGACAAUAACGGACGAGAUUACCUGUAUUCUCUUCUCAGAUAAAGGAAAAGGCAAGAAAGGACCUUUAGGAAUACCACAUGAACUUGCCACAGAAGUUACUGCUGAGAAGGAGGUGACAUGUACGAUACCUACUAGUGUGCCACCUGGACCCAUCAAACUCGGCCUAGCACUGACGAAUGCGGCUGUUGAGAUGAUCAGAUCGAAGGAGUUAAACUUGAGUACAGUGGCACUUGCUUUGAAAUCCAGCCCACCAGCAGUUGUGUCAGCAGAACUUGAUGCCACAGGUGAAAAUCUGCUGGUUACUUUUGAUCAAAACAUAGAGACGAAAACUGACUGCCAAGAUAUAUUCAAGUGGCCCUGGAAAGAAGGUCAAAAAUCACCGCCACCACCAAAGUGCGACAUAAAAGCCUCAAAUAUGAAUGUCAAGUUGAAUGGACGGGUGAACGUCAUCAACGGUACGAUUUUGGAAUUCUCAGAUGGAAGUGGAAUUAUAAGGAAGGACGGGCAUCCAAGCACUGCCCCCCAGGCCAAGGGAAAAGUGACAGUCAUGCAGAGAGAGAAAUUGGAUGAAAUUAAGUUCAAGCUGAGCGGUGACACACAAUCAUGCAAUGGUUCAGAUGUCAAAGUGUCUGUCUCCAAUAUAGUAGGAGCCAGUCUUGAAGAUGUUCAGAUCACCUGGAACACCUCAUGGUCCCCUGGAACAACUUCAUGGGGCCAGAGAGAAACAUUGAGGACAUGGGACAGUGUAAGAGAAAUCAAGAAUAAAUCGGUUGUUACAAAGACAAGCACAGGAGAAACUAUGUCCUUCCCUGGAAAUUUAGUAAUGCCAGGCAAAGAUUACAUGGUAAUUGCUGAAGUGGAAGCACCAGGAUUAACUAGUGAACCCCAAGCUGUGUAUAUCUCGGCCGUGCCUCUUGGCCAGACGCUUCGUGUCACCAUCGAGGGACCUGCAAAUCUCAUGGUUGACCGCAGCAACACCUUCAAAGCAGUUCCUUCUCUUUGCAUCGAAGAUCAGUCCCUUGAAGAAUUUGAUUUCCAGUAUCUAUGGAACAUUGAACCAGAAGGAGCUGACUGGAAGGACAGGGAAGGGAGAAAGGUGACGAUUCCUAAAAACAUCUUGAGGGGAGGACGUAACUACACAAUUUCCGUGAAGGUGUCUGAUAUGGGGAAUCCUCCUGUCAGGGGAGAGGGAACCCUGGAACAGACCACUGUAAUUCAGGGCGUCGAGGCACUUGUAUCAACAGACAACCUGAAAGUUGGAUCGACAACCCCUAUAAAACUUGAUGCCUCCAAUUCAUAUGACAAGGACAACAACUAUGGCCGACUUCAUUUUAGAUGGUCCUGUUUGACAGAAGACAACAGCGGAUGUUUCGUGAUUGAUAAGAGUGGCAAAAUGGACCGCUUAGAAAAUGCCAUUGACCAGAGUAAAUUGACUAACCCCAUUCUUCAACUAGAGCCCCAGACUUUGCCACCUGGCAGGUAUAUCUUCACUGUUGAGGUUACAAAGGACAAGUUAUCUGAUUCUACUACUGUUAAUGUUGAGGUAGCACCAGGCAGAUUACCUGUGCUAGUUACAAAAAGUUCUAGUUCAGUCAUUGACGCCCAAGAAAAGGUCAUGAUUAAAGGGCUUAUAACAGGUCAAGCAAAUUUACAAGCCUGGUGGGAAGUGGUUGAUGCACCAGGGUUUUCUUCCGCUGAUAUUUCGCGGCUGCCAGCUGGAGAGAAGACAAAGUUUGAGACUGAAUCAAAUGGCCGUGAAUAUGAUUUAGUGAUUCCUAAGCCAGAAACCUUGAGACCAUUUGAGCGCUUGGAAGCUGGAACGUUUUACAAGUUCCGACUAACGGGUGAAACUGAAGACGGAGCCUUCGGUUUUGCUGAAGUCAGCGUGAGGACAAACAAGAUCCCGGCUGAGGGAACAUUCCAGGUCUCUCCAAACAAAGGGGAUGCCCUCAUCACAAAUUUCACCUUCAGUGCUUCUGGGUGGAGUGACGAUGCAGAAGACCACCCACUGACAACCUUUUUCGGGUAUAAAUUCAAGAAUACAGAGAAGAAUAAAGACUCGGAUGUUAUUUGGGUGUACUCAUCCACCAGUGAAUCUCCAUCGGCUACCUUUACCCUUGCAGCAGAAAAGCCAGUUACAGUAAUCAUCCCAGUAGUAAGAGUCUGUGAUGUAUACAAAGCCUGCAACAUGAUGGAAUCUGAUCAAAUCAUCUUGAAGCUGCCAGAUAGCAUCCCAGCAAGUGUUUUAGGGAACAUGGCAGACCAGUUUACAAACAUGCUGCAGGAUGAUGCUGCUGUAUCAGGAGCUCUAGCAACAGUCAAAGCACAAUUGGCUACCCUGGGUACAAUGGGUGCUGGAAAUGAAGCAGGUGCACUGCUUGCUUAUGCUGAAAACUCUGUGCAGGGAAAGACUGUGGACCUGAUGAACAAAAUGAACAGUGGUAAAGCCUCACUUGAUGGCACUAAAGACUUCUUAUCGGGGACAAUGGACCUCUUGGAUGAUGUAGACGUAUCAAUGAAUACACUGGAUGACUUGCUAUCAGUGAAGAGAAAGCUUAUGUCCCUGCUAUCAGGAACUCCUGUCAUAGAAUAUAACGACAAGGCCUUUGAGAGCUACACAAAUCUGCCCUCGAGUUCAAGUGACGAUACUGUAUACUAUCCCUCAACUGAUGAGGACCAAAAUGCUGUAAGAAAAGGCAACGCUGGAACAGCUGCACUGCAGAAGCCACAUGAUGCUGGAAUGAGGCGGAGGAGUAAACGACAGGCCACAGUUACAAGUAAUACUGACAACUCAACAUUCAAACCCAUGACCCUCGAAGAUGUCUUAACUGGUUUAAGGGUAACAGAAAAGGCCAUCCUUAGCCAACAAGACCAAGGAGCCAAAACAGCACGGAUGGGAGAACUUUUAGAGGAUCUCAAAAUGUACCUGCCUGGGAUCUGCCUCUCGAUGAGUUACCAAGAUGAUCCAGAUAAUGUCCUUAGUACUCUUGUUGGACUCAGGGUAGCCAAGUCUCAGUUGGACUUCAACGUGGAUAAGCGAUUCCCUAUUGUCGAUAGUACAGGAAAUGAAAAUGACUUUGUUAAAGAAGAUAGCUAUAUAAGAUGGGGAUCUGUGUUGGAGAACUAUACACAGUGGAACUGUGGUCGCAAAGGGGAUGAAGGUGAGGAACUCCCUUGCUAUGGUGCCUGCCUUGCGACUGUGCUUCUCAAAGAUGAUUUUCUCUCUCUGGUCAAGGGUUCCAAACCACCUGGAGAAAUCAGAGGUCCAGUAGCCAUGAAUUCUCUUCUCAACACUGAAACCGGAGUCGAAAUCCCUGUUGACAAUGUUGCAGACAACAUUGUCCUAAUUCUUCACCUGAAUGAUUAUACUGUACCUCAAGGAAAGAUGUUGAAGUGUUAUGGGUGGAAUGGAAAUGAAUGGGACGGGAAGAUUUGCACUACUGGUAAUAUCGUGACCGAGGAAAAGGUUCAGAGAAAGCGUUGCUUGUGUACUGCAACAGGAUAUGUGGCAGUAUUCCUUGUGGUUAAAACGUCUGACACAGGUCCAGAUCCUGACGAGGUGACAACUACCCAAAAGCCUACAACAACAAAACCAACCACAACCACAACCACCACCACCACCAGUACCAUGAUACCUGUCAACAUGACAGGUGAAGUCAAGAAAGUUAAAUUCAAGAUCUAUGAGGAUUACAAUACGACAGUGGGUGACCAAAAGGAAGAAUUUGAGGCUUCUCUUACGACCCAGCUCGCCAAAGAAAUGGGUGUCCGUGAGGCCAGUAUUCGUAACCUGACUGUCAGUCCAGGAAGUAUCUUGGUUGACUUCGAUUUUGUGCAAGACAACACUCGUCUGGCAGCAAGCACUCCAGAACAACUCUAUGACAAGCUUUCAGAACUCAUUGGGUCUGGUAACCUCGUUCUCAAAGGUCUCAAGGCUCAAGAGCUGAAAGUGCCAUCUCAGAGCCUUGAUGGAUCAGGAACUGUCACUGUUAAACAAGGCCAGACCCUCCUGCCGAUAAUCAUAGGCUCCGUUGUUGGAGGUGUGGUAUUAAUAGUUAUUGUCCUUAUCUGCGUUGCUGUGUUCCUCAAGAACAAGAAGAGAAUGGACAAGAUUCAGCCUCUGCACACUGGAACUCAGCAACCAACGUACAGCUCCAUUCACUUUGAACAGUCAUUGGAUGGUACUGCAGCAUCACUUGCUAAACAUCGAAAUAACGUUAGUCCAGCAAGCCGCAGUUUGUCCUCUGGGGGCACCUACUCUGACGAGGGCAUUUUCAUUGAACGGCGCUCCACGGCCAGUUCUAGGGCACGAUCUAGUGGAGGCAGCAGCACAGACUCUGGCAAUGGGGGAGAGGUACCAGAAGCCUUUAGGUAUAAGAGCCCCACAAAAGAACAGCUGGAACGCUCAGGGCCAAUACCAGAACACAUUGACUCCGAAAUGCGUGGAGUAAGGCUCGGCCACAUGCUUCCAGGCAAACCAGAUUAUAUUUUGCGAGACGAGCCUAAGUGGCCUGAUUGGCGAACGCAUGAAUAUCGAUUUUGAUACUAGAGAAAGGUUCAGAAAAUGAAAGAGGAGAGAGAAGCUCUCCCAGGAACACCAGGUGGACUCAAUUAGAUGACCUUGCUGAAUAACCCACAAGAAGAAAAUGAUGCCACUCAAAGGAGCCACAAUCGACUUUAGGAUCCCACAACUUUCAUUCUUGAUUCCUUUAAAAACUGUGGUGUGCCUAAUUAUUGCGGUGGUGUAGCUUUUAAGACCUAUUAACCAUUUGAAUGUUAGUCUUCAUAAACGUUAUAUUAUCUGUAAACAGCACUUAUGCAAGUGAACUCUCUUGUGGAAAGGCGACUGUGCAUCAUUUUCAACAUGACAGACAAUUCUAUAAAGUCUUACAUUCAACACAAAUUAAGAACCAUUCAGAUUCUAGUUUAUCAUUGAACACUUUUCUAAUCAGCUGUAUGUAAUACAUAUAAAGGAAAAGCUUUAUAUAUUACCCAUGAAAAUUCAGGAAUGAACUAAAGUAGGUAUUUAGUCAUCAUUUUAUGAACAGUUCAAGAGGGCACAGGUUUUAUCAUUGAAUGCAAAGUUUGGCUAAAUCAAAUAAUUACCCUUGUUUUUCCCCUAAAUUACACAUUUUCAUAUUUUUUAUCAUUUUAGACAUUGCACGCAAGUAAAUUUUGAAGCACAAGAACUUUUGUUUGCUAUGUUAAUUUGAUAAUGGAGAUAUCCACAGCAAAAAUUUCAAGUUGUAUGAGGUUUUCUUGCAAUAGGAAUGCAGCAGCAUCUCAUUUAAACAGAUGCUUUGUGGGUCUGGUUUUCUGAUACAUAACUAAUUCCGUUAGGUUACUGUAGCCUACAAUUGAAUAUUUCCUAGCUAUCUUACAGCUAACACCAAUUCCCCGGUUUACGGUUGGGGUACUGUCCCUGGCGGCGCGUUGUACGCUAAAAAUCACCAUAACCCAAAACAUCAUAAUUAUAAUGGGAAUAAAUAGAACUUAUAGCAUCGUUACGGUGCCGUAAGUCUGAGCAAUGGCUUGUAAAGUGGAUGACUGCACCAUAAAUCCAUUUCAGCACCAAAAAAUCUUGGUUAACAACGCCAGAACAACUUAACCCAAACCUGAAGUAACCCGGGUACUGCCUUAGUUACUAACCUGUACUUUACACUUACAUUCUAACCUGUACUUUACACUUACAUUCAAGGUAACAGAAUGACUUAAUUUAUACUUCUAAAAUGCUAGCCUUUAAAACAGUAAUGAUGAUAUUGCAGCUGAUUAAUACAGAAAUCCAUUAACUUGAUAUCUUCCUGUGUGUCUGACCAUAAAAAUCUUGGAAUUCAAUAUUUUAGCCUAAAUGUACUAUCCGUCAUAACAUGUUGAACUAGAGCAAUCCUUUAUCUUCUCCCAAGCAAUUACACAAGUAAAAAUGUAAGGUGCCUAAUGUGAUUUCCUGUACGACAUAGCAAUUAUAAAGGAUGAGAGUAAAUAAUAGGACUGUGAUCUUUCAGUUCGUCAGUAUUAUAUGAAGUUCAGUACAUACUGCAUGUCAGAGAAGAUAAACGUAAGUUUUGACUGAAUUGAGAGUCACUUGCAAAUACAUUUUCAAUCUUAGAAAUACGUAGAUGAUUAGCUGAAUGUUGUUGACCUGCCUUGGAUGUAAGGAAACAGUUACUGAGAAUUGCAAGGUUUUUUUUGGAUUAGGGUCGUAAAUCGAAUUAUGUAUUUCAGGUGUUUGGAAGAUCCUGUUCAAGCAUUAUAUAUGCUUCAGUAAGCCUGGCGUUAGGUAUACUUUCUGUGUCUGAUAAAUAAAGCAAAAUGAAUAGAGUCCUUGUUGAAAGUUAUAAAUUCUAUGUAAACUUUUUAUGAAGCAUUGAGAAAUCUCUAAAUCAAAGCAUCACAUCCAAAACAGCAGAUUUUUACCAACUGACUUAGAAUGCUAAACAGAAUUUUCAAAGAGUACGUUAAAAUUCUUCUGGUUUACAAUGAACCCUACUUAACGAUGCAUAAGUUUCCUAUAAGACAUUAGGAAAUACUAGAAAUGAUGUAUUUAGAAAUUCACUUGUAAUAAAAUGGUAAUUCUGAGAAUGUAUUAAUAUUUGAAAAUUUCAAUAUUCUGAAGGUCAUACAAUAAGUAGUUCACUGGUUGUUCACUGAAAGCUUCUUAGUCCCCUGGAAGAGUAGUUUUAAGUUUCUAUUCAUUGUAAAAUAUGACCAACACAUAUUCUGACUCACAAUGUGAUAUUAGCAAAUCAUAGUCUAUAUUCUUCUAUUGCAAAUUCAUAUAUAUAUAUAUAAACUUUAGCAUAGACUGAAAUAUAUCAAUGUACAAAUAUACACUAUUUGAAGCAGAAAAUAUAUUUUUUUCUAUUAAAAAGAGAAAGAAAGGGAGUCUCUUUGAUACUAGAGUAAUUUAGAGAACUGAGAAAGAUUGAUAAUACAAUUUUCUAUUUGAUCCUGAUAUUCUUAUGGAAAAGAGGGUUGGGGAUUGUGACUAUCCUAGCUUUCGGGAUCUGGAAAAUCCAGUGAACUCUGUAGUUUUGGUUUUCAAUGAAACUUCGACUGAUGUAACAGUUAUUGCAAAAAAUUAUAACCUUAAUAAAUUUGUAUUAAUAUCUUUAUACAUUG